AUGAAGGUGGCAGUGCUUUGUUUGUGCUUUAUCAGCAUCACCAUCGCAUGGCCACUGAGCAAAUCCAAGCAGCAUGCUGUUUCUGCCAGCUCUGAAGAAAAAUAUGAUGCCAGGGGCCACCAAUCACACAGACACCACCAUGUGACUUCUCAGUCUCUAGAGAAUCUGCUGCUUCCACGAGAAGACCUGGCUUUGCCUCAGAAGACUCUCUAUUCUUCAGAAGAAAGAGCUGAUGUCCUUGUACCGGAGCGCUUUCCUGCCGUGUUCAGCAAGAGCCAUGAGGAUCCAGAUGAUGACGUAGAUGAUAAUGAUUCCAAUGACGCGGAUGAAUCUGAUGAGGUUGUCACGGUUUUUCCCACCGAUGCUCCGGUAACUGCAGCCUUCCCUCCCUACCCUUUCACCCGGGGAGACAACGCAGGCAGAGGCGACAGCGUCGCAUACAGAAUUAAGGCAGAACCUGCAGUGAUGAAGCCCAGCAAACUCCACAAAGCUGCAAGAAAGCUGAUGGUACACGAUGUCACCGAGGAGGACCUGAGCGCCCUGGCUGCCGACAGCCACCAAGAGGGGUUCUCCCGGGAAGCCUUUGGGGCGCACCGCUCCGCCGAGAAGUACGCCGACAGCCUGGAGUGGGGAGACAAGAGCCACGGGCACGACAGCAACGAGGUGGGCCGCAAGCUGCCUGAGCGGAGCUUGGAGAAGGACAGCCGCCAGAAAUUCGACAGCCCCGAGAGAGACAGCGGCGAGUGGGGGGCCAGAGGCGACAGCCCCCCGUCCAGGGAAAGCAGGGAGAGCCAGGCCCGUGUUUCAGCUGAGGUCCCCGACGGUGACAACAGCAAUCAAACCCUGGAGAGCGCUGAAGAUGCUCAAGAUCAUCUCAGCAUUAAACAUAAUGAAGUCAUCUUCUAA